CUCACUCUUGGAUGCAAUGCAAUUCUCCCAGCCCUGCACCGACUCUGAGGGUCACAGGCGAGGGACUCCGGCCAAAGGCCACGCGGAAGCCCGGCCUGCCGCCAGGCAGCAGGCCGCAGGGCAGCGACCGGGCAGCGACGCACACGCACGGGCACACACGGAGCCACAGGCCGCAGGUGCGGAUGUGGACCUCCUCGGCCUCGCCUUGCUCACUCUCCUUUUCCCCAACCCCCAGCCGCGCCCGCACAAAGGAGUUUUGUUUGCUGCAGCAGCAGGUGACCGCAGGGGCCCUGCUUUGCCUAGCUCUGUGCCGCAAGUCUCUCAGGUAACAGGUGGCAGCUUCCCUGUUGGGUUCUAGGAAUAAAAAGAAUGACCUCAUAGGGUGGAGCUCUGGGACUCCCAGAGAGGUGGCAGGCACAGCCGUAACCCGGAGUGAAGCAGUCGACUUGAAAGGGGCAGUUAAAGCGGGCCCUCCAGCGGCCCCAACCUGGCCUGGGCACCUUAGCGACCAGCCGCCUCUGCAGCCUGUCUUCGCCUCAGAUGGAGCCCGAGGAGAGCCCUGGCAGAGAGCACCUGGGCGCCAAGAGGAAGAACCUGAGCUUCCCGAGGCCCAGGCUCUGCACGCUGGAGAGAAGGAAGACGGACACUGCGGUGGAGGGCAGCGCUCCCCGGGACCGCUCUGGAGCCUUGAGGAGGAGCCAGUCCGACAGGACCGAGUACAGCCAGAAACUGCAAGAGAAGAUGACUCCACAAGCAGAGAGCUCUGGCGCGGAGGCCCCAAGCUCGGAGGAAGAGCAUCAGAUGAGGAGGAUGAUGGCAAAGCGGGCAAAAAUCAUCAAGGAGCUGAUACAGACGGAGAAGGAUUAUCUCAAUGAUCUAGAGCUGUGUGUUCGGGAAGUGGUUCGGCCCCUGAGAAAUAAACAGAUUGACAGGCUGGACGUGGACAGCUUGUUCGGCAACAUCGAAGCCGUGCACCGGAUGUCAGCCGAGCUGCUGGCCUUGCUGGAGGAGGCCACGGCAGACGUGGAGCCCGCCAGGCAGACGAUCGGAGAAGUAUUCUUGCAGAUCAAAGGGCCCCUGGAAGAUACCUAUAAAAUCUACUGCUAUCACCACGAUGAAGCGCACAGUGUCCUGGAGUCCUACGAAAAGGAGGAAGAGCUGAAGCAACAUUUGAGCCACUGUCUCCAGUCCUUAAAGAAAAUAUAUAUGCAAGAAGGCAAACCAAACUUAUUGGACAUGGGCUCUUUGAUGAUCAAACCAAUUCAGCGUGUGAUGAAAUAUCCCUUGUUACUGUGUGAACUUCGAAAUUCCACCCCUACCUCUCACCCCGAUCACGGAGCUCUGGAGGCUGCCUUCGCUGCUGUGAAGGACAUCAAUGUUAACAUCAAUGAACUCAAGAGAAGGAAAGAUUUGGUUCUGAAAUACAAGAAGAAUGAUGAGGAUGAAUCGCUUAAAGACAAACUGUCAAAACUAAGCAUUCAUUCAAUUAGCAAGAAAUCAAAAAGAGUGACAAAUCAUCUAAAGAUUCUGACCAGAAGAGAAUCGCAGGUGAAAGACAAUACCUUUAACAGAGAAGAAAAGCUAUUUAGAUCCUUAGAAAAGACUGUGAGGCAUUGUGUGAAGAGCAUUUCAUUCUGUCUUCAGCACAUACAGGACGCCCUGCCCCUGGCUCUGCAGAGUGCGACGGACCUCCAGACGAUUUCGCACCGUGGAGAUGAGGGGGAGAGGGGUGAUUCAGAGACCCUGAGCAAUGCCUCAAAUCCCUGUCCUGACUUUGCAGCUCACUUACAGAGGCUCGUCCUGACCCCCCUGUCAGCCCUGCUGUCCUUAUUCCCAGGGCCUCACAAGCUCAUCCAGAAACGCUACGACAAACUGCUGGACUACAACAGCUACCUGCAGCGGUCAGCAGGAGAUGAGUCGGACUUGGCCAAAAAGGAAUACGAGGCCCUCAACGCCCAGCUCGUGGAGGAGCUGCAGGUGUUCAACCAGGCUGCUCGGGGGAUUCUGUUGAACUGUCUGUGCAGCCUCCUCACCCUCCUCAGGGACCUGAUGCUCUGGGCACAGCGGGCUUACUCCACAGUGGAGCCGGCGUCACUGCCGGUCUCAAGCAUUUCUGAGAUUCAGAAUCGACUUCUGGAAGAGGUUCAAAAUCUGAAUUUUGUAAAAGACAACAGCGCCACCUUUAUUGAGAGGAAACUUAGUUUUGAAAAGAAGAAGCCUGUGCAGAUUCCGCCAGAAAUGCCACGUCAAAAUGACGCUCACCGCUCCAAACUUCUAUCCACAUACCACGCAGGGGAACUUUAUCAAGCUAAGCGCAGGUGCAAUGCUACACAGGACUUGGACAUCGGCCUUCUGGAAGGAGAGCUGGUGGCUGUGAUGGAACAGAAAGAUCCACUGGGCAGUAUAGGCAGGUGGCUUGUUGACACAGGAAUUGUAAAAGGAUAUGUGUAUUCCUCCUUCCUGAAACCCUAUAAUCCAGCAAAAAUGCAGAAAGUGGAUGCAGAGAGCAGGUUCUGCGAUGAUGACUUUGACAACAUCAGCCUCUUUGUGUCCUCCCGCCUGGCCAGUGGCGGCGUCACCGGCACCCCGGAGAGCAGCACAGGUGCCGGCAGCUUGUCCCUCAGCGGCACGGGUGGAAAGUUGGAAACAAACGGCACCAGCGUUGACAGUUUUCAAGCAGUGGAUGAACAGAUUUUCUAUGCAGUUCAUGCUUUUCAAGCGCGGAGUGACCAUGAACUCAGCCUUCAAGAGUACCAAAGAGUCCAUAUACUUAGAUUCUGUGACCUAAGUGGAAAUAAAGAAUGGUGGUUAGCUGAAGCUCAAGGGAAGAAAGGGUAUGUGCCAGCUAACUACCUUGGCAAGAUGACUUAUGCUUAAGAAGAUAAGCCUUUGACUUAUUUUCUGGCAAGCUGUUUAUUGACUGUCUCAUAAAAUUGAUAUUACAAAGUUUUGGACCUGAACGCAAGAAAGCUCCGAACUAUAUGAACUGAUACUGUACCAGGUUUUAAGGAAGACUGUAGAUUAUUUCAUGAAUGUAUUACAAACAAUACAUGUUGAAGGAAAUAUUAAUCCAACAGAAAUAGCAAACAGCCUAAGCCCCAACUAUCAACUACAUAAAAGUGGGGAUCUUUUGAAAGGAUGAAUAUGUUCUUUUAUCAUCAUGAAAGGUUGGACCUAAGGAUAGGUUUUUCAAUUUAUUGUAAUGUUUUUAACUGUGUAUUUUCUUAACUAUGCUUUUGUUGUAUUUCUCUCUUGCAAAUGCAUGUAUGUUUAUAUAUAUACAUAUAUAAAUCCAUAUUAUGCACUAUAUAUGUUUGUAAUAUAGAUCAUACACAUAUAUAUGUAAGCCAGUUGGUAUACUAAAUACACAUAAGAAUAGCAAUUAAUUAGCAGCCAACUAGUAGUCUUUAAUGUAGAAAUUCCUUUAAGUUUUGAACCAAUGGAAAAAACUGAGUAACUUGACAUUAAUAAUAUCUAACAUUUACUGAAUCCAAACUACAUGCCAGACAUUGUUCUAAGUGUUUUAUGUGUAGUAACUUAUUCAAUACUCAAAACACUGUGAGAAAACUGUGGCCCAAAGAGGUGAAGUGGUUUAGCGUGAGUCACACUGCUAAAAGUGAAGCUGGGACUCUAGCGCAGGGGGUCUGGCUCCAGGAUUCAUGCUCCUAACCAUCACACUGAACUCUUUGUUAUCUGCAAGGUACUUAGUGAUGCAAAUAAUGAACAUAGAGGAGGACCAUUCUUCUCUCAGGCUUAUGGUUUAAGUCUUUAGAAGCUCUUCAGAAUUAAGGAUUACAAACGACCUCCAUGAUAGGAGCCUAGAGAAAAUGAAGUAUCUAGGUUUAUUAUUUUUGUUUUAACAAUUUUUGAAAGUAUAAUUGUUUAAAAAUCAUCCCAUAUGAUUGCUAAUGAUACUUUAAUGAAAUAUUUUUGGAUUGCUCGAUUAUUUGGAUAAUAAAUGGGAAAUGUGUGCUUCCAGUUCUAAGUCAAGAUGUAAAUAUUUUUAGUUGCCAAUUUGUACUUAGACAAGGCAGGCAUUGAGGAUAACAUUUGCUACAACACAAUGUCCUGGGACAUUGAACUUUAAUUUGGGUAUUGUUCAGAGAACUGUCCUUUAGGAUUUCAGACAUAUUUCGUCAAGACAUUUUAUGAACUAAAGAUGCUAAAAAAAAGAUUAAAUUAAAUUUGACUUUAGUGGUUUCCUUUAAAAAUCAAAUUAAAGUGACUUUUCAUUGUCCAUAUAAAAUGUGCUAAUGUGACAUUAAUUUUAAAGUUGAUUGUAACUUUGUAAGAUUUAUUUGAUCCUUAUAAUAUAUAGUAUGUUACAUAUUACUGAGGAAUAUAAAUAAGAAAAUGAAGAGUGCUACUUUUCAGAGGGCUGCUGACCAUAAAACACACACACACAACACAACACAAUAGAAAUUUAUAACACAUUUACAUACAAAACAUUUACAUUUUGAUAUUGUUAUUAAAAUCAUUAAUCUAAAGAUGAUUUUAUAAGAUUUACUAAUAAGUUGUUUCACAUAAAAUACUGUUUUGAAUUGGGUACUAAAAGAAGGCUUUUUUUUUUUUCGAGACAGAGUCUCA